AUGACGUCACCGGUUCCUGGCUCCUCUGUGACAGAGCACGAGCCAGCUAUGACGUCACCGGUUCCUGGCUCCUCUGUGACAGAGCACGAGCCAGCUAUGACGUCACCGGUUCCUGGCUCCUCUGUGACAGAGCACGAGGCAGCUAUGACGUCACCGGUUCCUGGCUCCUCUGUGACAGAGCACGAGCCAGCUAUGACGUCACCGGUUCCUGGCUCCUCUGUGACAGAGCACGAGCCAGCUAUGACGUCACCGGUUCCUGGCUCCUCUGUGACAGAGCACGAGCCAGCUAUGACGUCACCGGUUCCUGGCUCCUCUGUGACAGAGCACGAGCCAGCUAUGACGUCACCGGUUCCUGGCUCCUCUGUGACAGAGCACGAGGCAGCUAUGACGUCACCGGUUCCUGGCUCCUCUGUGACAGAGCACGAGCCAGCUAUGACGUCACCGGUUCCUGGCUCCUCUGUGACAGAGCACGAGCCAGCUAUGACGUCACCGGUUCCUGGCUCCUCUGUGACAGAGCACGAGGCAGCUAUGACGUCACCGGUUCCUGGCUCCUCUGUGACAGAGCACGAGCCAGCUAUGACGUCACCGGUUCCUGGCUCCUCUGUGACAGAGCACGAGCCAGCUAUGACGUCACCGGUUCCUGGCUCCUCUGUGACAGAGCACGAGCCAGCUAUGACGUCACCGGUUCCUGGCUCCUCUGUGACAGAGCACGAGGCCAGCUAUGACGUCACCGGUUCCUGGCUCCUCUGUGACAGAGCACGAGCCAGCUAUGACGUCACCGGUUCCUGGCUCCUCUGUGACAGAGCACGAGCCAGCUAUGACGUCACCGGUUCCUGGCUCCUCUGUGACAGAGCACGAGGCCAGCUAUGA